AUCAUGUUAGUCUUCAAACAUACAAAGAAGUGACUCAGCCACUUUCAGAUUUCUGCCGUAUGAUAUCUUUACAAUAUCAAACAGGAGCUGUCUCUAGACCUCAGUGGUGAUUAAGCUGCCAACCUCCAGCUGAAGAGAUGAACUGGUUAUCCCUGCAGGUCGUGCUCAGUGGUGUGAGCAAAUACUCUACCGUCAUUGGUCGUGUCUGGCUCUCCAUGGUCUUUAUCUUCCGUAUGUUGGUGUUUGUGGUGGCCGUGCAGCCAGUUUGGGGAGACGAUUUGAAAGACUUUGUGUGCAACACAGCUCAGCCUGGUUGCACACACGUGUGCUAUGACCAAACUUUCCCCAUCUCUCAUAUCCGUUUGUGGGCCCUUCAGCUCAUCUUAAUAACCUGCCCGUCUCUUUUAGUCCUGGGCCAUGUCAAGCUCCGUGAAAAGAAGAAUCAAGAUAACAGCAACACUCAGCAAGGCAAAAAACUGUAUGCCGUCCCAGGAAGGAGGCGUGGUGGCCUCUGGUGGACCUAUUUGUUUAGUCUAAUAUUUAAAACGGUCAUUGACGCUGGCUUCCUCUACAUCCUGUACUACAUCUACAAAGGAUUUGGCUUGCCUUCUAUGAUUAAAUGUAGUCUCUAUCCUUGCCCUAAUGUGGUGGACUGCUAUUUGUCACGUCCAACAGAAAAGAAGAUCUUCACUAUUUUCAUGGUUGUCUCCUCUGUUCUGUGUAUCCUCAUGUGUAUCACUGAGAUAUGCUACCUGGUGUUUAAGCGCUGUAAAAAGACGUUUCAUGAACACAUGGAGCAAGAGCACAAGCGAUAUGUGGAUCAGUGUGAACAGAGGGCUCUUUCUCAAUCAAGGUACAAAUGUGAAGUGGAUCCUAGAGCAUCCACAUACAGCCUCAGCAAACUGAAAAAAGAUGUGACUGUUAGUGAAAUCAGUUAGUAUCACUGCUGCGCCUGGGAUUCUUUACACAUAAGAGACAGUGAUUUCAGGAGGUGUAAAUAUACCCUUGACUCCAUGUGAAAAACAUCAGAGGUGUUACUUGCUUUGAACUGCAAAAUAAUCCUGAACAAUAACAAAGAAGGUGUUAUACUGAAAAAUACUGGCUUCUUAGUUUUGCCACAGUUUAUAAACUGUGAUUAAAAGGCCUAAGGAUCAUUAAGGCCACCAUUUUAGCAUGUCUUUGUUGAGACAUCUUCUGUUGCCAUAUAUGUAAAUAAAAACAAGUAUUUUA